AUGAGAAACUGUUUAAUGAAGAUCAAUCAAAAACAAUCAAUAUUCAUCUAUCUAGUUUUAAUGUACCUGCUUAAUAUUUACUGUAAAAACUGAAAAGCAAUCUUGUUUUUAUAAUUAAUAAAGUCAUGAAUGUAAUUCAUAUCUCGAUUUGGAAUAGGCACAUCUUCAUUAAACUAAUAAAUAAAUAAAGAAAAUUAAAUAAUUAAUAUUAUAUGAAGGAAUUUAGAUUCCGAUAUUAAUUUAAGAAUAGAAAGAAUCAACAAUAAGAAAAUAUUAGAUUAGAGAAAGUUCUGCCCCUAAACAUGUGAUUAUGGCUGCAAAAGAAGAGGAAAAGCUCAUUUUCAUUUAGUUAAAUGUCAAAGAAGAUAAAAUUGCUUAGAAAAAAAAGAGAGAGAAUUUAAAGCCAGACAUUCAAAAACCAUAUUUAAUUAUUUAAUGA